AUGCCGACCCCGGUCAGCCUGGGUCGCGUCCGUCUGGCUGGAAUCAUCGACAUCCGACACGAUGGUUCACCCCUAAUUACCGAGCAAUUUGGUCAGUCGGAUGAGCGAAUCUGGGGACGCUCAAACCACCCGAAACUUGCAAAGAACAGAAUCGAUGCGCUUUGUGCUUGCAGCCCUUCAACGUCGCCAGACGGAGGGUAUAUUUGUGUUCGAGAACGAGGUCCCGGCCACAAGACUCGAUUUGUUCUUGAGGUGCGUGCGGCAGAAACGUUGGCCCAUCCAGCUCUAGGCUGUGCCGCCUUCAUGCUUGGAUCUGGUUCCAGGGUUUGGCUUGACGUUGCCGAGCGGCCGUGGGCAUCUGCCAAUUCUCCGAGGCCCGCUGUGACGGUCCAACGAAGGUUCCGGGCACAUCCUUACCAGAGCACCGAGCUCGGUCAGGGCUGCAUCUUGUUAUUCUUGCCCGGUUUCCUCGUCGGUUAA